AUGGCAGAUAAGGGGUUUGAUAUUGAAGAUCUUUUAAGCAGUAAACAAGUUUCUUUGAAUUUGCCUCCCUUUCUUCAGAUUCAAACUCAAUUUUCAGCCCAGGAUGUUUUGCAAACAAAAACUAUUGCAAAAGUAAGAAUCCAUGUGGAACGUGCAAUAAGAAGGAUAAAGGAAUUUCAUUUAUUUGACUCUGACAUUUCAUUGUCUAUACUGGAAUCUGUCAAUCAACUGUAUACAGUUGCUUGUUUGCUGUCUAACUUUCAAGGUGCACUGAUCAAAGACACAGAUGACAGUGAUACCACUGACAACUAA